AUGACUGGCACACCUGUUUAUUUUGAUAUUUCCUGCAACGGCAAACCCAAGGGCCGUGUUGUGUUUAAACUCUACGACGAUGUUGUUCCUAAAACAGCAGCCAAUUUCCGUUCCUUGUGUACUGGUGAAAAAGGUAUAUCACCUACCUCAGGCAAACCACUUUCCUAUAAAGACUCUAUUUUCCACAGAGUGAUCAAAGAUUUCAUGUGCCAAGGUGGUGAUUUUACUGCCCCCUCCGACCGUUUAGGGACAGGUGGCGAAUCUAUUUAUGGUGAUAAGUUUGAGGAUGAAAACUUUACGUUGCCCCAUGACAAACCAUUUUUAUUGUCGAUGGCUAACUCCGGGCCAAACACCAAUGGAUCUCAGUUUUUUAUUACAACAGUUCCAACCCCACAUUUGGACGGGAAACAUGUUGUGUUUGGAGAAGUCAUUGAAGGGAAAUCAAUUGUGCGUCAAUUGGAGAGAAGCGAAAAAGGGGCUAACGACAGACCAGUGGAAGACUGGAAAAUCGUCGAUUGUGGCGAGCUUCCUGCUGAUUAUGAACCAGCUACACUGGGCACGGACGACGGAACUGGCGAUACAUAUGAAGAGAUUUUAACUGAUAACGAUAACAUCGACGUAAGCAACCCCCAAUCUGUUUUCGCUGCUGUUAGCAAGUUGAAGGAUAUUGGAACCAAACUUUUGAAAGAAGGAAAGUUAGAAAAAUCGUACGAAAAGUAUAUCAAGGCCAGCAGCUACUUGAAUGACUAUACACCAGAAGAUUUGUCCUCUGAAGACUUGUCAACAUUACAUGGGCUCAAAGCAUCAUGCUACUUGAAUGCUGCAUUAGUGGCAUUGAAAUUGAAACAUGGAAAGGAUGCAAUUACUGCUGCAAACAAUGCGUUAGAGGUAGAGCAAAUUGAUGACAAAUCCAAAACCAAAGCAUUAUACAGAAAAGGGAUGGGAUACAUCCUAGCCAAGGAUGAAGAACUGGCUCAAAAAGUUCUCGAAGAAGCUUUGAAAUUAGAGCCCAACGAUGCAGCCAUCCAAAAGGGAUUACAAGAAGCCAAACACAACAUCAAGUUGCGUCGUGAUAAACAAAAAAAGGCAAUGGCCAAAUUCUUCUCAUAA